CGUCAGAGGGGAACCGUGAAUCGGGAAGUCGCAAGCUACAGGAUUCAUCCCGAUUACACGCACGAUGAUUCCGGCGGCUCCGAUCUGGCGAUUUUGACUCUCAGAACGCCCAUCGAGUACAAUCAGCUUAUCAGACCUAUUUGCUUGUGGCCGGCCGAUUCAACUGAUCUUAAUGACAUCGUCAUUAGGAUGGGAUACGUUGCGGGAUGGGGCCAAGACGAACUGGGUAAUGCUUACACCUUGGAACCACGAAUGGCGAGGGUGCCAAUCGUGAGUCAGGUGAUUUGUCUCCAGAGCCAAGUUUUUAUCGCUCUCACCUCGGAUCGCACCCUUUGCGCCGGUUUGCGAGACCAGAGUGGCCCGUGCAACGGUGACAGCGGGACCGGACUGGUGCUUUAUAAUAUCACAGGUCAUUAUCAAUUACGCGGUAUCGUUUCGCGCUCGAUGACUAACGGUGAUUAUUUGUGCGAUCUUAAGAAGUACAUAGUCUACAUCGACGUGGCUAAAUAUAUUCCCUGGAUUCAAGAGCAGAUCUGUACUAAGUAACGCUGAUUUCUCGCUGCAAAGAACAAAAUGUGCUGAUCGGCAAGUUUUUGUAGAUUUAUUUAAAGUAACAUCAU